AUGGUAGAUGAAUCAUCAUAUAAUGUCUGUUCAAAGAUCGAUAUAAAUCUUUUUGAGGUUGUUAAAUUAGAUCCUACAAGUUGGCUGCCAAAUGAUGUAUUAACAAUAUCAAUAAAAGUUGUGAGAGUACUUAAAAGUUUACCAACAAAAAUUAAUCAUCCAUCGAUAUCUGGAUUAUCAUCAUAUCUUGAAAAUGAAAGAUUUAGUGAUAUUAUUCUUGAAGUUGAUGGAAAAGAGUUUAAAGCCCAUAAGAUGAUAUUGUCUCUUAAAAGUCCAGUAUUUUCAGCAAUGUUUGAUUAUGAAUCCAUGAAAGAAUCAAGAGAUAAUCGUGUUGUCAUUAAAGACAUUGAUGCAGAUGUUGUCAAACAAAUGUUAGAGUAUAUUUAUACUGGAAAAACACCAUCAAAAAUUAAUGAUUGUGUUCAUGAUCUCAUUGGUGCUGCUGUUAAAUAUCAAAUUAAUGAUUUGAAAGAUAUUUGUGAAAAUCAUUUAAUGGAAAACAUAACAGUUGCUAAUGCUGUUGAUACGUUAAUUGUUGCUGAUCGUUAUGAUACGAAAGAAUUAAAAACCGAAGUUGUUGAAUUUAUUAAACAAAAUGUGUCAAUUAUUGAUUCUGCUGUUUUUAAAGAUUUAGAAUCUAAAAAUGCUAAUUUAGCUAUUGAAGUUUUUCGCAAAUUAAUACCUCAAAAAUAG